AUGAUUCGCGUUGCUGCUGGUAGGCAGUGGAAUGGUAUUCUAAGAGAACUCCAUGGUUCAAGUUCGCCUAUCACACCACUGUUUCUGCAACAGUUUUCAACCACUAGUCAGUCUAAAGUGGCUUACACUGGCUCGGAAAUUCUCAACUACAUGGGGGGAUUGGAUGGUGAUGAAAAACAGUUGAUCCAUAAGUUGGUGAAUUUUCGCAUGAAAGAAGGCAAAAAGACAAGAGUUCGUGCUAUCUUCCAUGAAACUCUUCACAAGCUAGCUCGUACUGAUCGUGAUGCAGUGAAACUUAUAUCCGAUGCCCUAGAGAAUGUGAAACCCAUUUGUGAAGUAGCAAAAGUAAGAAUAGCUGGUAAUAUUUAUGAUGUCCCUGGGGUUGUAGCCAGGGAUAGGCAACAAACUUUAGCUGUUCGUUGGAUCCUUGAUGCAGCUAAAAAACGACGUACUAAUCAUAGCUCAAAAUUGGAGGAAUGUUUGUUUGCUGAGAUAAUGGAUGCUUACAGGAAGAGAGGAACUGCACAUUAUCUGGUCAUCUUUGUUGCUUUUCCUCAGCAUUUUGGACGUGUGAAGAUUGAUGAUGCUAGAGAAUCCAAUAAUCGAAGGACGAAGAACUGUAACUUUGCUCCAUUAGCUUCCCAAUUGCAUCUCGGCAUCACCUUUGAAACUUCUGCGUCAGAGAGCCAGUUUAAUAUCCCAAAUCUUCAUGUUGGCACUCUGGAUUCGCUUUUAUCCCUCAGCGAUGACUUACUCAAGUUGAAUAAGAAUAACAUAGAGCGCAUUUGGUACCCCUCAGCUACAAAUGAACCUGAUAAGCCUUUCCAAAAUUUGCAUUGCCUACUUAUUGGAGGUAAUAAAAUCCAGGAGACAUCUUCCAUUGAUGCCCUAAAUUCUUAUCCUGGCUUAAUGGAUAUUAGGUGCUCUGAGAAUCCAAUAACCGAUCCAAGCAGAGGUGGGCUUGUAAGAUUUGUUUUGAUUGUUCGUUUGGCCAAAGUAAACAUAUUAAAUGGGAGUGAGAUUACCCCUCGAGAGCGGAAAGAGUAUGAGAUUCGGUAUGUACGCCUUGUAAUGUCAAAGGUGUAUCAAAAUUUGGAAGAGAUCAAGACUCUUCACCCAAGCCCCAAUAAGAGCAAGUUUACUUGUCUUGGAAACAGGCAUCAUGUGGAAACAGAAGCAUAA